AUGUCCACCAAGCGCACCCAAGAAGAAAUGAUGAACGGCAGUGUUGAUAUUGCUGGUAUGAAGGCAAGCAAUGAAGCGAGUCGUUAUGAUCGUCUGGAACAACUCAAGAGGGAGAAGCGUCUUGCAAUGAAUCGUGAAUGCGCUCGAGUCCGUCGUCGUCGUAAGAAGGUUCGAAUGGAACACUUGGAGAGCAAAGUGCAAGACCUUACCCAGGCCAACGGCCGUCUUCAGGAAGAAAAUGAAGCCAUGCUGGCUCGUGUGGCUCAAUUGGAAAUGGAAGUCAACCGUGCCAGAGCUCAGAGGGCUUUGGGCAUGAGUGCAAACUCCCACAUGUUGGAAGCAUCUGCUGCUGCUGGUCCUUCCAGUGCACAUAUGCCUCCUUCUGCUGCUUCUCUUUUGGGGGGAUCUAAUGCUGCAGGUGCCUCCUUUGACUUGGAAGCUCUGACAGGCAUCAAGACUGGACAUCAUGGACUUACCCACAGUCAGCAGCAGCAUAAGAGCCUAGUGGACUCUGCCACUGCCAGUGCAGCUGCUGUUCUGGAACGAGCUGAGAAGCUGCGCUACAUGGAAAUGCUUCAGGCUCGUAGCAGUGCCUCCAUCUUUGCCAGAGGCAGGGAUUCUCCUUCCUUGGAAACCAGCAUGCCUCUGUCAGGAGUAGACUCCCGCUUCGCCUCUUCCCUCCUGGCAAACGCAAGGUCUGGGCUUUUCUACUAG